AGAAGAUCAAGUACUAGGAGGUACCAUAGAUAUUAUGAGUUCAACACUCAUGUCUCCGUCUAAUUGUCACAGUUCUAGUCACAAUGCUCAUGAUCUUGUCAAUAGACUCCCUAUGAUUCGCUCAAACGCUGUAAAUAGUUCUCGAUUUCCACUGUAACCCACCUGGUCUUGGUGCGGUUUCCCCCGGUCUUCCCGCUCUGGGUUGGCCUUAAAUUUUUGAUGGGCGCAUUACUUUAGUAGAGGUGACCAGAGGAAAUUCUUGCUUCUAUCCAUCCAACUCUUUGUUCUUGUCAUCAUCACCAAACACAAUUUUCGAUUCUUUCAGCACUCAGGCCAACAACGCCGACUUGCUUCACCGAACGCUACAGUUCUAAUAUAUAGUCAUUCACAAUGGGUUGGUUUUGGGCAGACACGCCUGUUCCUGCGGUUCCUGUCGGACACCCAGCUACUACCGACAAGGCUCCUCCAGUAUGAUCGCAAUCCCAUAUAUCUUCACCAUAUCGCUAACUCUCCCCAGCCUGGCUGCCCUAUGCACCAAAAGUCUGCCGAUGCCAUGAACCCCGUGGCUAAGCCCAAGAAGCCUGUCGAUCUUCCUUCCACCUCAGGGUGUCCCGUUCCUCACGCCGCCCGAACCCAAGAGCAGCCCAAAUCUUUGAUCUCCCAGCUCAACCCUCUCAACUACAUGUUCCCCGAUCUAUCGCAAAAACCUGCUCCUAAUCAAUCAUUCGCUCUCCCAACAACCCGAGAUGAGUCUACCAUCCCCAAGGGCACUGGAGAUGGCAACUGGGAGUACCCGUCUCCUCAGCAGAUGUACAACGCGCUGCUGCGCAAGGGAUAUACCGAUACCGAUAUCACCGCCGUCGAGGGCAUGGUUUCGGUACACAACUUCUUGAAUGAGGGCGCAUGGCAGGAGAUUCUUGGUUGGGAACAACGAUUUGCGCGGGGACUUUACAAGGGAUGGCAGAUCUGCAAGAGGGGCGAAGGUCACGUUCAGGAAGAGCUUGAUCGCCAAAGGGACGGUGUUGACACCGAGCCUAGCCUCGUUCGCUUCCAGGGUCGACCCAAGGAGUUGACUCCCAAGGCCACCAUGAUGCAGGUUCUGGGCUGGAUUUACCCCUCAAAGUUUGGUACCGAGCCUCCCUUUGACCGGCACGACUGGUACGUUGCGCGAGAGAUCAACGGCCAAAGGAAGGAGAUUCGAUACAUCAUCGACUAUUACUCUGGCGAGCCCGAUGCCCACGGUGACCCUGUCUUCUUCCUCGAUGUGCGUCCUGCCGCUACGCCCUUGGGUGCCGCCGAGCGUAUCAUUCGCUGGAGUACCGAUACUUGGUGGAAGGCCAUCGGCGGCGACAGGCACGAGCAGGAUCCCCAGCCUUGGUUCCGUGGCACUUCCUAAAAUGAUUUCUUUGGCGCUUGGGUCAUGAUGGAAGCAGGUGUUUUCUGAAAAGGUUCUGGCGUAAUGCAUUCUCCUCUCUAAUUGUUAUGAUUGAUGUGUUUCUAUAAUGAUGGCUGACUUGGAGUCGCUUGUACGAGCUCGAAAACGGAGGAAAUCGGAGCAAUUCUGUAUUAUAUACCAUUCAUUGGAACUUAGUUCAAGUUCACAGCCAAUUCGUUCACUUGGUCUAGAAGAGCCUGAUCCUCUCCAGCUGCAUUCUUGAGCACCUUUUCCAGCUGGUGGUCAACGGUCUGGCCAGGGAUGUCAGACACAGCACCCUGUGCCUGUUGGAUACGAGCCAUCUGGAACUGCAAGAAGAACUUGGGAACCUUGAUCGCAAGAUUUCCACCAGUCGAUCUGAUACCAGCUUCGGUUGCGAGGUAAACAUUGAGCUCAUUCUGAAACGUAUCGAGGUUGUUGUUGGCCAGGGGUGAUGUGGUUGCAAAUUUGUCAAGAGCGAAAGCCAGAGGACUUUGGCCUGAUUCGGCAAAGUUGAUGGAAGAAAAGGUCACACCGCCAGAGCUCACAUCUGGGACACCAUCGAUGGUUGUUUUCGAAUUGUCGCAGGUGAUGACCGAGGCCAGAUUCGUGGCCUGUGUCGAAACUUCAUCGGGGAGAGCUUCGGAACCAGUCACAAAGCAAGGAUUUUGUCUCUUAGGAAGAUGAGGCGCUUAUAUAUGUUAGUAGGUAUAUUCAUUAAGGGCUGUGGGCGAGAAAGGAUGCAUACCUGCGAGGGCGCUUCCAGCCAGUGUGAUGAGGAUGGGAAGAAUAGGGAAGUGCAUUUUGUAUGAGUGAGUGACCGAGGAAUAGGAAGAGAGAUAAAACAAGUAUUAUUAUAAACAAGAAUCCGCCAGGGAUUUACGAAUUGAAGAGAAACAAGUUGGAGAAGUGAUGAGUUUGUUUAGAAUCUGGUUGUUUAGAUAGAUAGGAUCUACAUGCCUUUUAUACGUUGAGAGUAUAUGUGACUUCGUUAAGCAUAAGCAUAGAGUUGAAUCGAGCAUGAUACCGAAA